GCCUCUCACUGAUCACUGCAGUAGUUCAGGCUUCAGCAGCCUUGGAGAAGCAUCAGCUGAGAGGAGCUAUCACAUGGGAGCCAGAGCUGCUCAGCAAAGCUGCUGUGGGGGGCUCCCUCAGGCAUGGCACCAGGGGGCUGGAGGACCGGCCCUGGCGCCAGACCCCCCAGGUGUGUACCAGGACCUUGCCAUGUACUAGCUGUGUGACCUCUGAUGAUUUUACGAGGAAACUGAAGUUCAGAGGACUUGUGGAGUUAAUAAUUCCCAGACCUGGGACUGGAAACCAAAUCUUGUGUUCCUUCUACACCCUGACAGCUCUUACCAUUCUGAGGAGACAAGAAAUCAGGAAAUUUAUAUAAGCAACUUUAAAACUGGGGUGCUAUCCCAGAGCCCAGCAGGACUCUGGGAAAGGGAAGACAGAGGAUUUAGAAUCUCUGGGUAACAGUCCUUGAGAGAGGAGAAGGGUAUGGAGAACAGAGAAAAGGAAGUGGAAAAGGAGCUGGAGACCAUUCAGAAGGUGGGAUGAAUGGGCGAGGCACAUGCACCUCUCUCUUCUGCUUCUUCGAAAUCAUCAAGGCAGAGCCCAGCAGCUUCCUGCCAGGAGAGAUGAGCUCCUGAAUCCUCCAUUACUGGUCUGGUGCUCUGUUGAGAGCAAUUCAGCCCCAACGGCUGGUGAUAGGAGCCUGCCAGAAAGGCUGCAGCAGGAGGCACCAUCUUCCCCCACCUCUCGGCCCCCACAAAAUUGCGAAGCCUGGGCUCGCCAUCCCAGGGUCACUGGACUAGGAUGGGGGAUGGGCCUGUGACAGGAGGUGCCCUGGGUGUCCUCUUUUGGCCCCAUGGAGUCCUCACCCAUCCCCCAGUCAUCAGGAAACUCUUCCACUCUGGGGAGGGCCCCUCAAACCCCAGGUCCCCCUACUGCCAGUGGGGUCCCGGAGGUGGGGCUUCAGGAUGUGGCUUCAGAAUCUGUGGCCCUCUUCUUCAUGCUCCUGCUGGAUUUGAUCGCUGUGGCUGGCAAUGCAGCUGUGAUGGCUGUUAUCGCCAAGACACCUGCCCUCCGAAAAUUUGUCUUUGUCUUCCACCUCUGCCUCGUGGACUUGCUGGCUGCCCUAACCCUCAUGCCCCUGGCCAUGCUCUCCAGCUCUGCCCUCUUUGACCAUGACCUCUUUGGGGAGGUUGCCUGCCGCCUCUACUUGUUCCUGAGCAUAUGCUUUGUCAGCUUGGCCAUUCUCUCGGUGUCCGCCAUCAACGUGGAGCGCUACUAUUAUGUGGUCCACCCCAUGCGCUACGAGGUGCGCAUGACGCUGGGGCUGAUGGCCUCUGUGCUGGUGGGUGUGUGGGUAAAGGCCUUAGCCAUGGCUUCUGUGCCAGUAUUGGGAAGGGUCUCCCGGGAGGAGGGAGCUCCCAGCAUCUCCCCAGGCUGCUCACUCCAAUGGAGCAACAGUGCCUACUGUCAGCUUUUUGUGGUGGUCUUUGCGGCCCUUUACUUCCUGUCGCCCCUGCUCCUCAUCCUUGUGGUCUACUGCAGCAUGUUCCGAGUAGCCCGGGUGGCUGCCAUGCAGCACGGACCACUGCCCACAUGGAUGGAGACACCUCGGCAACGCUCUGAGUCCCUCAGCAGCCGCUCCACUAUGGUCACCAGCUCAGGGGCCCCCCAGACCACCCCGCACCGGACGUUUGGGGGAGGGAAGGCAGCAGUGGUCCUCCUGGCUGUGGGGGGACAGUUCCUGCUUUGUUGGUUGCCCUACUUUUCUUUCCAUCUCUAUGUUGCCCUGAGUGCCCAACCCAUUUCAACUGGGCAGGUGGAGAAUGUGGUAACCUGGAUUGGCUACUUCUGCUUCACUUCCAACCCUUUCUUCUAUGGAUGUCUCAACCGGCAGAUCCGGGGAGAGCUCAGCAAGCAGUUUGUCUGCUUCUUCAAGCAGACGCCAGAGGAGGAGCUGAGGCUACCGAGCCGGGAGGGCUCCAUUGAGGAGAACUUCCUGCAGUUCCUUCAGGGUACUGGCUGUCCUACAGAGUCCUGGGCUUCCCAGCCCCUACCCAGCCCCAAGCAGGAACCACCUGCUGUUGACUUUCGAAUUCCAGGUCAGAUAGCUGAAGAGACUUCUGAGUUCCUGGAGCAACAACUCACCAGCGACAUCAUAAUGUCGGACAGCUACCUCUGUCCUGCCCCCUCACCUCGGCUGGAUUCGUGAUGGGCUGCUGGACACUUGGAGGGAGAUGGGCUUGGGGCUGGUUAUGACUGCAGGGAACACCUUGUGGAAUUACCUUUCCCAGCCAGCUGGGGCUGGGGCUGGGGUCUCUGCACACAGCUUUUACUUAGUGUUUUCUGGGUCAGGAGCCAACAGGAUGGAUGUGUGCCAAAGCCUUGGACAUGGCUGUGAUCCUUGACUACUGGGGGAGGGAACCUGGUGAGAUGAUAACGAGAGUAAAGGAUCAUGAAGGUGAGAUGAUGCCUUUCAACCAGUGAACUUUCCAUGCAUCAGGGAUCAGGGAAAUUCUCAGGAUAGAAGUUGGAGGAUAUAGGGCAGCAGGCCAGGUUUGGAGUUAUUCUGUGGACCCUUUAAGAUAUUUCAUUUUUCAGUGUUGUUGUCCAGGGCAGUAAUUUCACCCAAACAAGGAUUGGCCUCCCUGAUCUCUCUCCUCAUGGCAGUGACCCACCUCCAGCCCCCUGGACAACCGGGUACAAAGACUAAGGUUGGGAUGGGAAUGGUGGGGUUUCCAUAGUCCAUUAAAUGCCUCUCUACUCCCAUUCACAGUUCUCAAAAUUUAGCUUCAAUAACAAAGACUCAACUCUCUCUCCUAUCUGCAGCCCUGGGUUGGAGAGAGGGCAUAGGAGUUGGGCUCAGCUGUUCAUUGAGACUGUAGGAACUGUCUUGGUCUUGGUGGUGGUAUUUUCAAGGGAGGGGUAAUAAUUGCAAACUGGAUAGGACACCCACCUGGGACUACCUGUCCAUCCACUUCCCCCACUUGAAUCAGGUAACAUUAAAAUAAGGUCAAGGCAGGACCAGAGGGUGGUGUGGUCUAUAUUUGAACACAUUCCCAGCUCUUUGGGUAUCAAAGGGGAAGACGGGCUGGUGGGAGUGGGAUAGUUUCCCCUUUGAACAGCCAAUAAAUAAUUUUUAUUAUAAAAGCUACACUGAUAUUAACAUUGACUCCUUCAGUUCAAUGAAGUAUAUAAUAGCUGGAUGGCCAAUAUUCUCUGGGAUCCACACAGAGGAUGAGGCAUCACUGCCUUCAAGGAGUUCAUAGUCUAAUCUGAUCAGGCAUCUUGUACUUUUAGAGCAUUUACAUCUGGUAAUGCACUAUAGAAUAUGUGUUGAGAAAUAUACUGGAGAAUGUUUAUGCUUCUAUCUUCUGAGUUCAGUACAUUGCAGCAAGAUACCUACAUGGAGGCUUCCUACAGAUUGUGGAAAGUGUGGGGGUUGUAAAUGAAACUCUAGUUGAAGAAAAUAUUAACUGAAGCUGGGCAAAUAGCUUUCCACCUUUAGAUCUAGGAAACUUUCCAGGUUUCUGUCUUCCCACUAGACUUACUCUAGUCCAGGACCUAUUACGUUGAGGAAAUCUCUUAGCAUAUAACCCAGGAGAGUCUUUGUGACUGAAAAAUGUUUUCUCUCCCCUCCCCUUGUAAGAGGAAUGUCAUUCCUAGAUAGGGGAAAACUUCCAAACAUCACUCAUCAGCUAGCAGGUCUUAAGCAUUGCCAGCAGAUGGCAGUUGAAUCCAGUAGAAAUAGGGAAGGAGAAGGUUUGAGACAGGGGAAAGGGGAGAGGGGAGGGCAUUAAACAUUGCUUGGCAGCCAUUUUGUUAAUUUAUUUUGCCUUUUCCUUGACUUUGCCCUCCAACCCUUCCUUUUUAAGUGCAAGGAUAUCUCUGAUUCAGGCUGAAAUUUCCUGAUUAUAUGAUCUCAGGAUUUUAUUACAGAAUUGACAUUUGCUGGUUCAUUUGCCAUUUAUUUUUCCCUGUGCAGAUCA